AUGGCGGAGGAAGAGCGGGAGGAAGCAACGACGGCCAAGGAAGCGGCGGAGGCGUUCACGGCCUAUGAGAUGCUGGCGGCCGAAGCUUUGGUAAUUCUAAGUCAAAGCGGCGCCACGGUGUCGACCUCGGAGGCGCGGAAUACGCCUCCUCCAUUGCCUGCAGAAACAUCGACUCCCGCGAGCAACAAGAAGCGAAGGAAGAGGAAACAGCGAGUCAUGGCCUAUGUUCCCGUCGACGUCGUCGAGUUGAUCUUGAUGCGUAUGAACCCCAAAGACGCCGUGCGCCUCGGCACAUCGUGCAAGGAUUGGACAGCCGCGGCCGCGCGAGUCGACCCGACCAAGCGGAAAGCCCCGUGGCUGCUCGUCCAGACGAAUUCCAAUACCACCUGCGCCCUGCAGAGUGUGACGGACCCGAAACUCUCGUUCAAGAUCAGAAUCCAUGGUUUUGUGCUUCGACAUUACCACUUCGGUGGUUCCUGGAACGGUUGGCUGGUGCUGCAGCCCAACCGGCGCGGUCAGAUAUCAUUAUUGAACCCCUUCUCUCGCGCACGGUGGGACCUCCCUAUCCUCCCUCGCGGCGGCCUUCCGUCACGCUCGCUCUUUUAUAUGUCUUCGGCUCCGACGACCUCCGGCUGCGUCCUCUUCGUGCGCAAACUUACAACGCUCUACGUUUGGAGUCCGGGGCACGAGUUUUGGACCGCAGAACAUGUGGAAGCCACAGAAUUUAAUUCGAUUGUAAGCGUGCAAGGGCAAUUCUACGCGAUGAACAAAGAGGGGAGGUUGAUAAGUUUCCGAGUAUUCCCACUCCAGAUCAAGGAGCUCCAUGUGUGCCGACCUCCCGUGUAUAAUUGUUCCCGCCAAGAGCGGUUCUUGGUUGAAUCUUGCGGGGAGAUACUGUACGUGGUGAUAGCGGAACAUGAGUCCACAGAGAUGAGCGUGUUCCGGCUGGAUUUGAGGAACAGGGCGUGGGUGAAGACGACGAGGUUGGGAGAUCGAGCGCUCUUCCUGCACUGGAAACAGGGGAUCUCGGUGUCUGCUGGUGAAACCGGGUGCAAAGGUAACUGUGUCUACUACAGCAGUCGAUACGACUCUUGUAAUGUUUGGGCGGUUUAUGAUUUGGAGAAACAAAGCUUCACCCGUUUUCCGAGAAGACAUUGCCCACAUCGAUCCGUCCAUGACAACGUGUGGAUCACUCCGGAGAAUUGA